AUGUCAGUCAAAUUCUACGAGUUCUUGGGCAUGUCAUUGGUCAAGAAGUACGAAUUUCCCGAGGCCAAGUUCGAUCUGUACUUUAUGGGAUACAACAGUCCCAAGGCCGUUUCCCACGGCAGCUCACACGUGAACCGCCAAGGUGUCAUCGAGCUCACUCACAACUACGGCACCGAGGAUGAUCCCAACUAUACCGUAAACAACGGCAACAAAGAACCGCACCGUGGCUUUGGUCACACCUGCAUUAGCGUAGACAACAUUCAGGCCGCUUGCCAGCGUAUCGAGGAUGCAGGAUACAAGUUUCAGAAGAAGCUUACUGAUGGCCGGAUGAAGAACAUCGCCUUUGCCUUGGAUCCCGACGGCUACUGGGUGGAAGUAAUUGGACAGAAACCCCUGGAGGAAACCGAGAACAUCAAGGAGACUGAUCCAGCCACCUACCGAAUGAACCAUACCAUGAUUCGCGUCAGGGAUGCUGAAAAAUCGCUGAAAUUCUAUCAGGAGGUCAUGGGGAUGACGCUUAUCAGAACCUCCGAGAAUGGCGCUGCCGGGUUCAACCUCUACUUCCUCGGCUACCCUGGUGCUCAGGACACUGCUCAGGCCAACCGCGAGGGCUUGCUCGAACUGACAUGGAACUAUGGCACCGAGAAGGAUGCCAACUUCAAGUACCACAAUGGCAAUGAUGAUCCCCAGGGCUUUGGGCAUAUUUGCGUGUCCGUUGACGACCUUGACGCUGCUUGCCAGCGUUUCGAGGAUCUCAAGUGUAGUUGGAAGAAGCGACUUACAGAUGGCCGCAUGAGGAACGUGGCUUUCUUGCUAGAUCCGGAUGGCUACUGGGUUGAGGUUGUGCAGAAUGACAAGUACAGUGACAAGUACAGAGUAUAA